AUGUCCCAUCUUUUGACAAGCAUCGCCACCAUCCUGGAUGUUUUCUACCAAUACUGUGGCCAAGAUGAUGAGUGUGACACAAUGAGCCAAAGUGAACUGAAGGAAUUUCUGAAAAAUGAGCUGCAAUUUAUUCUGAAGAAUUCAAGAGAUCCAGAUACUGUAGAUGAAAUCAUGCUUAAUAUGGAUGAAGAUGAUAACAGGAGAGUAGACUUUACUGAGUUCCUAUUGCUGAUUUUCAAGUUGACAAUGGCAUUCAACAAAGCUUUCAAGAAGGAGUAUUGCCAAGGUCAAAAUCAUCAUGAAAAAGAGACUAAAAGGGAAGAAGAGGAAGAAGAACAAAAAGGGGGGGAAUCAGAUUCCAGGAAUUCAAGAUGGAACACUGAAGAGGAAUAUGGAGCAUCUAGGAAAUGGCAAGCUCAGGAAAAUCAAAAAGUUGGGCAUAGGUUGAGCGGCAGAGGAAGGGAAAGGGGAAAUUCUUUUUCAAGCUCAGAGAAGAGAGAGGGCUCAGAAAAAAUAAAACAUAGGUCAAAUUCAAGCAACUCAGGAAAUAGUAAUGAAGAUGAAUAUGCAUGCAGCUCAGGCAGAUGGGGAGGGAGAGCAAAGAACUCAAAGACAAGCCCCUCCAGAAUAUAUGGAGGAGAAGAAUACAAAAGUGACUCUGAAAACUCAAAACAACAGGGUGGGAAAAAAUAUGCAUACAAGGAAAAUGAAAAAGGUAGAUUUGAGAGAAAAGAAAAUGACACUAAAAAGGGGAUGCAGACAGUGACUUUUGAAGAAAAAGAAGAAAGUGAUAGAUGGCUUCAGACCUCAACAUCUGGGAAAUACAUUUCUAGCUCACAUUCAGAUUCAGAUUCUGAAACAGAUUAUGGAUCAGGUCAAACUUUAAGCUCAAAACUGAGCUCUGGAUCAGGUAAUUCCUCUGGUCAUAAAACUAAUACUUCAGAAUCUGGACAACAUUGCUCUAAAAGAAGAAAUAAGUGUAGCACAGGAGAAAGAACAAGGAACUCAGAAAUUGAAGUAAAGAAUUCCAGAUCAAAACAAUUUUCUAAUUCUGGGAAUUAUGACAAAGGCUCUAGCUCGCGCUCUUGCUCAAGUUCAAGCUCAGGUUCCGGUUCGAGCUCUGGCUCUGAAUCUGGUUCUGAAUCUGGCUCAGAGUAUGGCUCAGGCCAAUCAUCAGGCUCUAAGAAACAGGGGUCUGGCUCAGGCCAUUCUUCCAACUCUAGAAGACAUGGUUCCAGGUCAGGCUCAAGCUCACGUCAAUCCUCCUCUCACAGGAGACACAGGUCCAGCUCAGAGGAUGAAUCAGGAAGCUGUGGGAAUCGAGGACAAAGUUCCAGCUCACGUCAGUCCUCUAGCUCUGGCAAAUAUGGCUCAGGUUCUGGCUCUGGCUCUGGCCAAGAGGGCUCUAGUUCAGGUCAGUCAUUUAGCAGCAACGGACAUGGAUCUAGUUCAGGAGGAAGUUCAAGCAGUCAUGGAGGACAAGGUCAAAAAUCUGGUUGCCAACAGUCCUCUAGCUCUAGCCACUAUAGCUCCAGCUCUGGCACUGGCUCUGGCUCUAGUUCUGGCUCUGGCUCCAAGCAGUCAUCUAGCUCUGGUCAACAGGGGUCUGCUUCAGGUCAGUCAUCUGGUAGCCGGCCACAUGGAUCUAGUUCAGGUGGCAGGUCAAGCAGUCGUGGAGGACAAGGGCAGAGAUCAAGUUCCAAGCAGUCAUCCAGCUCUAGCAAAUAUGGCUCUGGCUCUGGCUCUGGCUCUGGCUCCUGCUCAGCUUCAGGCUCAGGCUCCGGUUCCAGCUCUGGCUCUGAAUCUGGUUCUGAAUCUGGCUCAGAGUAUGGCUCAGGCCAAUCAUCAGGCUCUAAGAAACAGGGGUCUGGCUCAGGCCAUUCUUCCAGCUCUGGAAGACAUGGUUCCAGGUCAGGCUCAAGCUCACGUCAAUCCUCCUCUCACAGGAGACACAGGUCCAGCUCAGAGGAUGAAUCAGGAAGCUGUGGGCGUCGAGGACAAAGUUCCAGUUCACGUCAGUCCUCUAGCUCUGGCAAAUAUGGCUCAAGUUCUGGCUCUAGCUCUGGCCAACAGGGCUCUAGUUCAGGUCAGUCAUCUAGCAGCAAGGGACAUGGAUCUAGUUCAGGAGGAAGUUCAAGCAGUCGUGGAGGACAAGGGCAAAAAUCUGGUUCCCAACAGUCCUCUAGCUCUAGCCACUAUGGCUCCAGCUCUGGCUCUGGCUCUGGCUCUGGCUCUGGCUCUGGCUCUAGCUCUGGAUCUGGCUCCAAGCAGUCAUCUAGGUCUGGUCAACAGGUGUCUGGUUCAGGUCAGUCAUCUGGCAGCAAGGGACAGAGAUCCAGUUCAAGUGGCAGGUCAAGCAGUCGUGGAAGACAAGGGCAUCGUUCCAGUUCCCAAGAGUCCUCUAGCUCAAGGCAAUCCGGCUCUAGCUCUAGGCAGUCCUCUAGCUCUGGACAGCAUGGGUCAGGUUCAGGUCAGUCAUCCAACAGCAAGGGACAUGGGUCAUGUUCAGGUGGCAGGUCAAGCAGUGGCUCUUGUUCUGGCUCUGGCUCUGGCUCCAAACGGUCCUCUAGCUCUGGUCAAAAGGGGUCUGGUUCAGGUCAGUCAUCUGGCAGCAAGGGAUAUAGAUCUAGUUCAGGAGGAAGUUCAAGCAGUCGUGGAGGACAAGGGCAAAAAUCUGGUUCCCAACAGUCCUCUAGCUCUAGCCACUAUGGCUCCAGCUCUGGCUCUGGCUCUGGCUCUAGCUCUGGAUCUGGCUCCAAGCAGUCAUCUAGCUCUGGUCAACAGGGGUCUGGUUCAGGUCAGUCAUCUGGCAGCAAGGGACAGAGAUCCAGUUCAAGUGACAGGUCAAGCAGUCGUGGAAGACAAGGGCAUCGUUCCAGUUCCCAAGAGUCCUCUAGCUCAAGGCAAUCCGGCUCUAGCUCCAGGCAGUCCUCUAGCUCUGGACAGCAUGGGUCAGGUUCAGCUCUGGUCAACAGGGGUCUGGUUCAGGUCAGUCAUCUGGCAGCAAGGGACAUAGAUCUAGUUCAAGUGGCAGGUCAAGCAGUCGUGGAGGACAAGGACAGAGAUCAAGUUCCAAGCAGUCAUCCAGCUCUAGCAAAUAUGGCUCUAGCUCUGGCUCUGGCUCUGGCUCCUGCUCAGCUUCAGGCUCAGGCUCCGGUUCCAGCUCUGGCUCUGAAUCUGGUUCUGAAUCUGGCUCAGAGUAUGGCUCAGGCCAAUCAUCAGGCUCUAAGAAACAGGGGUCUGGCUCAGGCCAUUCUUCCAGCUCUGGAAGACAUGGUUCCAGGUCAGGCUCAAGCUCACGUCAAUCCUCCUCUCACAGGAGACACAGGUCCAGCUCAGAGGAUGAAUCAGGAAGCUGUGGGCGUCGAGGACAAAGUUCCAGCUCACGUCAGUCCUCUAGCUCUGGCAAAUAUGGCUCAAGUUCUGGCUCUAGCUCUGGCCAACAGGGCUCUAGUUCAGUCAUCUAGCUCUGGUCGACAGGGGUCUGGUUCAGGUCAGUCAUCUGGCAGCAAGGGACAGAGAUCCAGUUCAAGUGGCAGGUCAAGCAGUCGUGGAAGACAAGGGCAUCGUUCCACUUCCCAAGAGUCCUCUAGCUCAAGGCAAUCCGGCUCUAGCUCCAGGCAGUCCUCUAGCUCUGGACAGCAUGGGUCAGGUUCAGGUCAGUCAUCCAAAAGCAAGGGACAUGGGUCACGUUCAGGUGGCAGGUCAAACAGUGGUGGUAGACUAGGGCAUAGUUCUAGUUCCCAGCAGUCCUCCAGCUCUAGCCAAUAUGGUUCAGGCUCAGGCUCUAGGUCAGGAUCUGGAUCAGGCUCUUGUUCUGGCUCUGGCUCUGGCUCCAAACGGUCCUCUAGCUCUGGUCAAAAGGGGUCUGGUUCAGGUCAGUCAUCUGGCAGCAAGGGACAUAGAUCUAGUUCAGGAGGAAAUUCAAGCAGUCGUGGAGGACAAGGGCAAAAAUCUGGUUCCCAACAGUCCUCUAGCUCUAGCCACUAUGGCUCCAGCUCUGGCUCUGGCUCUGGCUCUAGCUCUGGAUCUGGCUCCAAGCAGUCAUCUAGCUCUGGUCAACAGGGGUCUGGUUCAGGUCAGUCAUCUGGCAGCAAGGGACAGAGAUCCAGUUCAAGUGGCAGGUCAAGCAGUCGUGGAAGACAAGGGCAUCGUUCCAGUUCCCAAGAGUCCUCUAGCUCAAGGCAAUCCGGCUCUAGCUCCAGGCAGUCCUCUAGCUCUGGACAGCAUGGGUCAGGUUCAGGUCAGUCAUCCAGCAGCAAGGGACAUGGGUCACGUUCAGGUGGCAGGUCAAGCAGUGGUGGUAGACUAGGGCAUAGUUCUAGUUCCCAGCAGUCCUCCAACUCUAGCCAAUAUGGUUCAGGCUCAGGCUCUAGGUCAGGAUCCAGAUCAGGCUCUUGUUCUGGCUCUGGCUCUGGCUCUGGCUCUGGCUCCAAACGGUCCUCUAGCUCUGGUCAACAGGGGUCUGGUUCAGGUCAGUCAUCUGGCAGCAAGGGACAUAGAUCUAGUUCAAGUGGCAGGUCAAGCAGUCGUGGAGGACAAGGACAGAGAUCAAGUUCCAAGCAGUCAUCCAGCUCUAGCAAAUAUGGCUCUGGCUCUGGCUCUGGCUCUGGCUCCUGCUCAGCUUCAGGCUCAGGCUCCGGUUCCAGCUCUGGCUCUGAAUCUGGUUCUGAAUCUGGCUCAGAGUAUGGCUCAGGCCAAUCAUCAGGCUCUAAGAAACAGGGGUCUGGCUCAGGCCAUUCUUCCAGCUCUGGAAGACAUGGUUCCAGGUCAGGCUCAAGCUCACGUCAAUCCUCCUCUCACAGGAGACACAGGUCCAGCUCAGAGGAUGAAUCAGGAAGCUGUGGGCGUCGAGGACAAAGUUCCAGCUCACGUCAGAACUCUAGCUCUGGCAAAUAUGGCUCAAGUUCUGGCUCUAGCUCUGGCCAACAGGGCUCUAGUUCAGGUCAGUCAUCUAGCAGCAAGGGACAUGGAUCUAGUUCAGGAGGAAGUUCAAGCAGUCGUGGAGGACAAGGGCAAAAAUCUGGUUCCCAACAGUCCUCUAGCUCUAGCCACUAUGGCUCCAGCUCUGGCUCUGGCUCUGGCUCUGGCUCUGGCUCUAGCUCUGGAUCUGGCUCCAAGCAGUCAUCUAGCUCUGGUCAACAGGGGUCUGGUUCAGGUCAGUCAUCUGGCAGCAAGGGACAGAGAUCCAGUUCAAGUGGCAGAUCAAGCAGUCGUGGAAGACAAGGGCAUCGUUCCAGUUCCCAAGAGUCCUCUAGCUCAAGGCAAUCCGGCUCUAGCUCUAGGCAGUCCUCUAGCUCUGGACAGCAUGGGUCAGGUUCAGGUCAGUCAUCCAACAGCAAGGGACAUGGGUCACGUUCAGGUGGCAGCUCAAGCAGUGGUGGUAGACUAGGGCAUAGUUCUAGUUCCCAGCAGUCCUCCAGCUCUAGCCAAUAUGGUUCAGGCUCAGGCUCUAGGUCAGGAUCUGGAUCAGGCUCUUGUUCUGGCUCUGGCUCUGGCUCCAAACGGUCCUCUAGCUCUGGUCAACAGGGGUCUGGUUCAGGUCAGUCAUCUGGCAGCAAGGGACAUAGAUCUAGUUCAGGAGGAAGUUCAAGCAGUCGUGGAGGACAAGGGCAAAAAUCUGGUUCCCAACAGUCCUCUAGCUCUAGCCACUAUGGCUCCAGCUCUGGCUCUGGCUCUGGCUCUAGCUCUGGAUCUGGCUCCAAGCAGUCAUCUAGCUCUGGUCAACAGGUGUCUGGUUCAGGUCAGUCAUCUGGCAGCAAGGGACAGAGAUCCAGUUCAAGUGGCAGGUCAAGCAGUCGUGGAAGACAAGGGCAUCGUUCCAGUUCCCAAGAGUCCUCUAGCUCAAGGCAAUCCGGCUCUAGCUCCAGGCAGUCCUCUAGCUCUGGACAGCAUGGGUCAGGUUCAGGUCAGUCAUCCAACAGCAAGGGACAUGGGUCACGUUCAGGUGGCAGGUCAAGCAGUGGUGGUAGACUAGGGCAUAGUUCUAGUUCCCAGCAGUCCUCCAGCUCUAGCCAAUAUGGUUCAGGCUCAGGCUCUAACUCUGGUCAACAGGGGUCUGGUUCAGGUCAGUCAUCUGGCAGCAAGGGACAUAGAUCUAGUUCAAGUGGCAGGUCAAGCAGUCGUGGAGGACAAGGACAGAGAUCAAGUUCCAAGCAGUCAUCCAGCUCUAGCAAAUAUGGCUCUGGCUCUGGCUCUGGCUCUGGCUCCUGCUCAGCUUCAGGCUCAGGCUCCGGUUCCAGCUCUGGCUCUGAAUCUGGUUCUGAAUCUGGCUCAGAGUAUGGCUCAGGCCAAUCAUCAGGCUCUAAGAAACAGGGGUCUGGCUCAGGCCAUUCUUCCAGCUCUGGAAGACAUGGUUCCAGGUCAGGCUCAAGCUCAAGUCAAUUCUCCUCUCACAGGAGACACAGGUCCAGCUCAGAGGAUGAAUCAGGAAGCUGUGGGCGUCGAGGACAAAGUUCCAGCUCACGUCAGUCCUCUAGCUCUGGCAAAUAUGGCUCAAGUUCUGGCUCUAGCUCUGGCCAACAGGGCUCUAGUUCAGGUCAGUCAACUAGCAGCAAGCGACAUGGAUCUAGUUCAGGAGGAAGUUCAAGCAGUCGUGGAGGACAAGGGCAAAAAUCUGGUUCCCAACAGUCCUCUAGCUCUAGCCACUAUGGCUCCAGCUCUGGCUCUGGCUCUGGCUCUAGCUCUGGAUCUGGCUCCAAGCAGUCAUCUAGCUCUGGUCAACAGGGGUCUGGUUCAGGUCAGUCAUCUGGCAGCAAGGGACAGAGAUCCAGUUCAAGUGGCAGGUCAAGCCGUCGUGGAAGACAAGGGCAUCGUUCCAGUUCCCAAGAGUCCUCUAGCUCAAGGCAAUCCGGCUCUAGCUCCAGGCAGUCCUCUAGCUCUGGACAGCAUGGGUCAGGUUCAGGUCAGUCAUCCAACAGCAAGGGACAUGGGUCACGUUCAGGUGGCAGGUCAAGCAGUGGUGGUAGACUAGGGCAUAGUUCUAGUUCCCAGCAGUCCUCCAGCUCUAGCCAAUAUGGUUCAGGCUCAGGCUCUAGGUCAAGAUCCAGAUCAGGCUCUUGUUCUGGCUCUGGCUCUGGCUCCAAACGGUCCUCUAGCUCUGGUCAACAGGGGUCUGGUUCAGGUCAGUCAUCUGGCAGCAAGGGACAUAGAUCUAGUUCAGGAGGAAGUUCAAGCAGUCGUGGAGGACAAGGGCAAAAAUCUGGUUCCCAACAGUCCUCUAGCUCUAGCCACUAUGGCUCCAGCUCUGGCUCUGGCUCUGGCUCUAGCUCUGGAUCUGGCUCCAAGCAGUCAUCUAGCUCUGGUCAACAGGGGUCUGGUUCAGGUCAGUCAUCUGGCAGCAAGGGACAGAGAUCCAGUUCAAGUGGCAGGUCAAGCAGUCGUGGAAGACAAGGGCAUCGUUCCAGUUCCCAAGAGUCCUCUAGCUCAAGGCAAUCCGGCUCUAGCUCCAGGCAGUCCUCUAGCUCUGGACAGCAUGGGUCAGGUUCAGGUCAGUCAUCCAACAGCAAGGGACAUGGGUCACGUUCAGGUGGCAGGUCAAGCAGUGGUGGUAGACUAGGGCAUAGUUCUAGUUCCCAGCAGUCCUCCAGCUCUAGCCAAUAUGGUUCAGGCUCAGGCUCUAAGUCAGGAUCCAGAUCAGGCUCUUGUUCUGGCUCUGGCUCUGGCUCUGGCUCUGGCUCUGGCUCCAAACGGUCCUCUAGCUCUGGUCAACAGGGGUCUGGUUCAGGUCAGUCAUCUGGCAGCAAGGGACAUAGAUCUAGUUCAAGUGGCAGGUCAAGCAGUCGUGGAGGACAAGGACAGAGAUCAAGUUCCAAGCAGUCAUCCAGCUCUAGCAAAUAUGGCUCUGGCUCUGGCUCUGGCUCUGGCUCCUGCUCAGCUUCAGGCUCAGGCUCCGGUUCCAGCUCUGGCUCUGAAUCUGGUUCUGAAUCUGGCUCAGAGUAUGGCUCAGGCCAAUCAUCAGGCUCUAAGAAACAGGGGUCUGGCUCAGGUCAUUCUUCCAGCUCUGGAAGACAUGGUUCCAGGUCAGGCUCAAGCUCACGUCAAUCCUCCUCUCACAGGAGACACAGGUCCAGCUCAGAGGAUGAAUCAGGAAGCUGUGGGCGUCGAGGACAAAGUUCCAGCUCACGUCAGUCCUCUAGCUCUGGCAAAUAUGGCUCAAGUUCUGGCUCUAGCUCUGGCCAACAGGGCUCUAGUUCAGGUCAGUCAUCUAGCAGCAAGCGACAUGGAUCUAGUUCAGGAGGAAGUUCAAGCAGUCGUAGAGGACAAGGGCAAAAAUCUGGUUCCCAACAGUCCUCUAGCUCUAGCCACUAUGGCUCCAGCUCUGGCUCUGGCUCUGGCUCUAGCUCUGGAUCUGGCUCCAAGCAGUCAUCUAGCUCUGGUCAACAGGGGUCUGGUUCAGGUCAGUCAUCUGGCAGCAAGGGACAGAGAUCCAGUUCAAGUGGCAGGUCAAGCAGUCGUGGAAGACAAGGGCAUCGUUCCACUUCCCAAGAGUCCUCUAGCUCAAGGCAAUCCGGCUCUAGCUCCAGGCAGUCCUCUAGCUCUGGACAGCAUGGGUCAGGUUCAGGUCAGUCAUCCAACAGCAAGGGACAUGGGUCACGUUCAGGUGGCAGGUCAAGCAGUGGUGGUAGACUAGGGCAUAGUUCUAGUUCCCAGCAGUCCUCCAACUCUAGCCAAUAUGGUUCAGGCUCAGGCUCUAGGUCAGGAUCCAGAUCAGGCUCUUGUUCUGGCUCUGGCUCUGGCUCUGGCUCUGGCUCCAAACGGUCCUCUAGCUCUGGUCAACAGGGGUCUGGUUCAGGUCAGUCAUCUGGCAGCAAGGGACAUAGAUCUAGUUCAAGUGGCAGGUCAAGCAGUCGUGGAGGACAAGGACAGAGAUCAAGUUCCAAGCAGUCAUCCAGCUCUAGCAAAUAUGGCUCUGGCUCUGGCUCUGGCUCUGGCUCCUGCUCAGCUUCAGGCUCAGGCUCCGGUUCCAGCUCUGGCUCUGAAUCUGGUUCUGAAUCUGGCUCAGAGUAUGGCUCAGGCCAAUCAUCAGGCUCUAAGAAACAGGGGUCUGGCUCAGGCCAUUCUUCCAGCUCUGGAAGACAUGGUUCCAGGUCAGGCUCAAGCUCACGUCAAUCCUCCUCUCACAGGAGACACAGGUCCAGCUCAGAGGAUGAAUCAGGAAGCUGUGGGCGUCGAGGACAAAGUUCCAGCUCACGUCAGAACUCUAGCUCUGGCAAAUAUGGCUCAAGUUCUGGCUCUAGCUCUGGCCAACAGGGCUCUAGUUCAGGUCAGUCAUCUAGCAGCAAGGGACAUGGAUCUAGUUCAGGAGGAAGUUCAAGCAGUCGUGGAGGACAAGGGCAAAAAUCUGGUUCCCAACAGUCCUCUAGCUCUAGCCACUAUGGCUCCAGCUCUGGCUCUGGCUCUGGCUCUGGCUCUGGCUCUGGCUCUAGCUCUGGAUCUGGCUCCAAGCAGUCAUCUAGCUCUGGUCGACAGGGGUCUGGUUCAGGUCAGUCAUCUGGCAGCAAGGGACAGAGAUCCAGUUCAAGUGGCAGGUCAAGCAGUCGUGGAAGACAAGGGCAUCGUUCCAGUUCCCAAGAGUCCUCUAGCUCAAGGCAAUCCGGCUCUAGCUCUAGGCAGUCCUCUAGCUAUGGACAGCAUGGGUCAGGUUCAGGUCAGUCAUCCAACAGCAAGGGACAUGGGUCACGUUCAGGUGGCAGGUCAAGCAGUGGUGGUAGACUAGGGCAUAGUUCUAGUUCCCAGCAGUCCUCCAGCUCUAGCCAAUAUGGUUCAGGCUCAGGCUCUAGGUCAGGAUCUGGAUCAGGCUCUUGUUCUGGCUCUGGCUCUGGCUCCAAACGGUCCUCUAGCUCUGGUCAACAGGGGUCUGGUUCAGGUCAGUCAUCUGGCAGCAAGGGACAUAGAUCUAGUUCAGGAGGAAGUUCAAGCAGUCGUGGAGGACAAGGGCAAAAAUCUGGUUCCCAACAGUCCUCUAGCUCUAGCCACUAUGGCUCCAGCUCUGGCUCUGGCUCUGGCUCUAGCUCUGGAUCUGGCUCCAAGCAGUCAUCUAGCUCUGGUCAACAGGUGUCUGGUUCAGGUCAGUCAUCUGGCAGCAAGGGACAGAGAUCCAGUUCAAGUGGCAGGUCAAGCAGUCGUGGAAGACAAGGGCAUCGUUCCAGUUCCCAAGAGUCCUCUAGCUCAAGGCAAUCCGGCUCUAGCUCCAGGCAGUCCUCUAGCUCUGGACAGCAUGGGUCAGGUUCAGGUCAGUCAUCCAACAGCAAGGGACAUGGGUCACGUUCAGGUGGCAGGUCAAGCAGUGGUGGUAGACUAGGGCAUAGUUCUAGUUCCCAGCAGUCCUCCAGCUCUAGCCAAUAUGGUUCAGGCUCCGGCUCUAACUCUGGUCAACAGGGGUCUGGUUCAGGUCAGUCAUCUGGCAGCAAGGGACAUAGAUCUAGUUCAAGUGGCAGGUCAAGCAGUCGUGGAGGACAAGGACAGAGAUCAAGUUCCAAGCAGUCAUCCAGCUCUAGCAAAUAUGGCUCUGGCUCUGGCUCUGGCUCUGGCUCCUGCUCAGCUUCAGGCUCAGGCUCCGGUUCCAGCUCUGGCUCUGAAUCUGGUUCUGAAUCUGGCUCAGAGUAUGGCUCAGGCCAAUCAUCAGGCUCUAAGAAACAGGGGUCUGGCUCAGGCCAUUCUUCCAGCUCUGGAAGACAUGGUUCCAGUUCAGGUCAGUCAUCUAGCAGCAAGGGACAUGGAUCUAGUUCAGGAGGAAGUUCAAGCAGUCGUGGAGGACAAGGGCAAAAAUCUAUUUCCCAACAGUCCUCUAGCUCUAGCCACUAUGGCUCCAGCUCUGGCUCUGGCUCUGGCUCUGGCUCUGGCUCUAGCUCUGGAUCUGGCUCCAAGCAGUCAUCUAGCUCUGGUCAACAGGGGUCUGGUUCAGGUCAGUCAUCUGGCAGCAAGGGACAGAGAUCCAGUUCAAGUGGCAGGUCAAGCAGUCGUGGAAGACAAGGGCAUCGUUCCAGUUCCCAAGAGUCCUCUAGCUCAAGGCAAUACGGCUCUAGCUCUAGGCAGUCCUCUAGCUAUGGACAGCAUGGGUCAGGUUCAGGUCAGUCAUCCAACAGCAAGGGACAUGGGUCACGUUCAGGUGGCAGGUCAAGCAGUGGUGGUAGACUAGGGCAUAGUUCUAGUUCCCAGCAGUCCUCCAGCUCUAGCCAAUAUGGUUCAGGCUCAGGCUCUAGGUCAGGAUCUGGAUCAGGCUCUUGUUCUGGCUCUGGCUCUGGCUCCAAACGGUCCUCUAGCUCUGGUCAACAGGGGUCUGGUUCAGGUCAGUCAUCUGGCAGCAAGGGACAUAGAUCUAGUUCAGGAGGAAGUUCAAGCAGUCGUGGAGGACAAGGGCAAAAAUCUGGUUCCCAACAGUCCUCUAGCUCUAGCCACUAUGGCUCCAGCUCUGGCUCUGGCUCUGGCUCUAGCUCUGGAUCUGGCUCCAAGCAGUCAUCUAGCUCUGGUCAACAGGGGUCUGGUUCAGGUCAGUCAUCUGGCAGCAAGGGACAGAGAUCCAGUUCAAGUGGCAGGUCAAGCAGUCGUGGAAGACAAGGGCAUCGUUCCAGUUCCCAAGAGUCCUCUAGCUCAAGGCAAUCCGGCUCUAGCUCCAGGCAGUCCUCUAGCUCUGGACAGCAUGGGUCAGGUUCAGGUCAGUCAUCCAACAGCAAGGGACAUGGGUCACGUUCAGGUGGCAGGUCAAGUAGUGGUGGUAGACUAGGGCAUAGUUCUAGUUCCCAGCAGUCCUCCAACUCUAGCCAAUAUGGUUCAGGCUCAGGCUCUAAGUCAGGAUCCAGAUCAGGCUCUUGUUCUGGCUCUGGCUCUGGCUCUGGCUCUGGCUCCAAACGAUCCUCUAGCUCUGGUCAACAGGGGUCUGGUUCAGGUCAGUCAUCUGGCAGCAAGGGACAUAGAUCUAGUUCAAGUGGCAGGUCAAGCAGUCGUGGAGGACAAGGACAGAGAUCAAGUUCCAAGCAGUCAUCCAGCUCUAGCAAAUAUGGCUCUGGCUCUGGCUCUGGCUCUGGCUCCUGCUCAGCUUCAGGCUCAGGCUCCGGUUCCAGCUCUGGCUCUGAAUCUGGUUCUGAAUCUGGCUCAGAGUAUGGCUCAGGCCAAUCAUCAGGCUCUAAGAAACAGGGGUCUGGCUCAGGCCAUUCUUCCAGCUCUGGAAGACAUGGUUCCAGUUCAGGUCAGUCAUCUAGCAGCAAGCGACAUGGAUCUAGUUCAGGAGGAAGUUCAAGCAGUAGUGGAGGACAAGGGCAAAAAUCUGGUUCCCAACAGUCCUCUAGCUCUAGCCACUAUGGCUCCAGCUCUGGCUCUGGCUCUGGCUCUAGCUCUGGAUCUGGCUCCAAGCAGUCAUCUAGCUCUGGUCAACAGGGGUCUGGUUCAGGUCAGUCAUCUGGCAGCAAGGGACAGAGAUCCAGUUCAAGUGGCAGGUCAAGCAGUCAUGGAAGACAAGGGCAUCGUUCCAGUUCCCAAGAGUCCUCUAGCUCAAGGCAAUCCGGCUCUAGCUCCAGGCAGUCCUCUAGCUCUGGACAGCAUGGGUCAGGUUCAGGUCAGUCAUCCAACAGCAAGGGACAUGGGUCACGUUCAGGUGGCAGCUCAAGCAGUGGUGGUAGACUAGGGCAUAGUUCUAGUUCCCAGCAGUCCUCCAGCUCUAGCCAAUAUGGUUCAGGCUCAGGCUCUUCGUCAGGAUCCGGAUCAGGCUCUUGUUCUGGCUCUGGCUCUGGCUCCAAACGGUCCUCUAGCUCUGGUCAACAUUGGUCUGGUUCAGGUCAGUCAUCUGGCAGCAAGGGACAUAGAUCUAGUUCAAGUGGCAGGUCAAGCAAUCGUGGAGGACAAGGACAGAGAUCAAGUUCCAAGCAGUCAUCCAGCUCUAGCAAAUAUGGCUCUGGCUCUGGCUCUGGCUCUGGCUCCUGCUCAGCUUCAGGCUCAGGCUCCGGUUCCAGCUCUGGCUCUGAAUCUGGUUCUGAAUCUGGCUCAGAGUAUGGCUCAGGCCAAUCAUCAGGCUCUAAGAAACAGGGGUCUGGCUCAGGCCAUUCUUCCAGCUCUGGAAGACAUGGUUCCAGUUCAGGUCAGUCAUCUAGCAGCAAGGGACAUGGAUCUAGUUCAGGAGGAAGUUCAAGCAGUCGUGGAGGACAAGGGCAAAAAUCUGGUUCCCAACAGUCCUCUAGCUCUAGCCACUAUGGCUCCAGCUCUGGCUCUGGCUCUGGCUCUGGCUCUGGCUCUAGCUCUGGAUCUGGCUCCAAGCAGUCAUCUAGCUCUGGUCAACAGGGGUCUGGUUCAGGUCAGUCAUCUGGCAGCAAGGGACAGAGAUCCAGUUCAAGUGGCAGGUCAAGCCGUCGUGGAAGACAAGGGCAUCGUUCCAGUUCCCAAGAGUCCUCUAGCUCAAGGCAAUCCGGCUCUAGCUCUAGGCAGUCCUCUAGCUCUGGACAGCAUGGGUCAGGUUCAGGUCAGUCAUCCAACAGCAAGGGACAUGGGUCACGUUCAGGUGGCAGGUCAAGCAGUGGUGGUAGACUAGGGCAUAGUUCUAGUUCCCAGCAGUCCUCCAGCUCUAGCCAAUAUGGUUCAGGCUCAGGCUCUAGGUCAGGAUCUGGAUCAGGCUCUUGUUCUGGCUCUGGCUCUGGCUCCAAACGGUCCUCUAGCUCUGGUCAACAGGGGUCUGGUUCAGGUCAGUCAUCUGGCAGCAAGGGACAUAGAUCUAGUUCAGGAGGAAGUUCAAGCAGUCGUGGAGGACAAGGGCAAAAAUCUGGUUCCCAACAGUCCUCUAGCUCUAGCCACUAUGGCUCCAGCUCUGGCUCUGGCUCUGGCUCUAGCUCUGGAUCUGGCUCCAAGCAGUCAUCUAGCUCUGGUCAACAGGGGUCUGGUUCAGGUCAGUCAUCUGGCAGCAAGGGACAGAGAUCCAGUUCAAGUGGCAGGUCAAGCAGUCGUGGAAGACAAGGGCAUCGUUCCAGUUCCCAAGAGUCCUCUAGCUCAAGGCAAUCCGGCUCUAGCUCCAGGCAGUCCUCUAGCUCUGGACAGCAUGGGUCAGGUUCAGGUCAGUCAUCCAACAGCAAGGGACAUGGGUCACGUUCAGGUGGCAGGUCAAGCAGUGGUGGUAGACUAGGGCAUAGUUCUAGUUCCCAGCAGUCCUCCAGCUCUAGCCAAUAUGGUUCAGGCUCCGGCUCUAACUCUGGUCAACAGGGGUCUGGUUCAGGUCAGUCAUCUGGCAGCAAGGGACAUAGAUCUAGUUCAAGUGGCAGGUCAAGCAGUCGUGGAGGACAAGGACAGAGAUCAAGUUCCAAGCAGUCAUCCAGCUCUAGCAAAUAUGGCUCUGGCUCUGGCUCUGGCUCUGGCUCUGGCUCCUGCUCAGCUUCAGGCUCAGGCUCCGGUUCCAGCUCUGGCUCUGAAUCUGGUUCUGAAUCUGGCUCAGAGUAUGGCUCAGGCCAAUCAUCAGGCUCUAAGAAACAGGGGUCUGGCUCAGGCCAUUCUUCCAGCUCUGGAAGACAUGGUUCCAGGUCAGGCUCAAGCUCACGUCAAUCCUCCUCUCACAGGAGACACAGGUCCAGCUCAGAGGAUGAAUCAGGAAGCUGUGGGCGUCGAGGACAAAGUUCCAGCUCACGUCAGAACUCUAGCUCUGGCAAAUAUGGCUCAAGUUCUGGCUCUAACUCUGGCCAACAGGGCUCUAGUUCAGGUCAGUCAUCUAGCAGCAAGGGAUAUGUAUCUAGUUCAGGAGGAAGUUCAAGCAGUCAUGGAGGACAAGGGCAAAAAUCUGGUUCCCAACAGUCCUCUAGCUCUAGCCACUAUGGCUCCAGCUCUGGCUCUGGCUCUGGCUCUGGCUCUGGCUCUGGCUCUAGCUCUGGAUCUGGCUCCAAGCAGUCAUCUAGCUCUGGUCGACAGGGGUCUGGUUCAGGUCAGUCAUCUGGCAGCAAGGGACAGAGAUCCAGUUCAAGUGGCAGGUCAAGCAGUCGUGGAAGACAAGGGCAUCGUUCCAGUUCCCAAGAGUCCUCUAGCUCAAGGCAAUCCGGCUCUAGCUCCAGGCAGUCCUCUAGCUCUGGACAGCAUGGGUCAGGUUCAGGUCAGUCAUCUGGCAGCAAGGGACAUAGAUCUAGUUCAAGUGGCAGGUCAAGCAGUCGUGGAGGACAAGGACAGAGAUCAAGUUCCAAGCAGUCAUCCAGCUCUAGCAAAUAUGGCUCUGGCUCUGGCUCUGGCUCUGGCUCCUGCUCAGCUUCAGGCUCAGGCUCCGGUUCCAGCUCUGGCUCUGAAUCUGGUUCUGAAUCUGGCUCAGAGUAUGGCUCAGGCCAAUCAUCAGGCUCUAAGAAACAGGGGUCUGGCUCAGGCCAUUCUUCCAGCUCUGGAAGACAUGGUUCCAGUUCUGGCUCUAGCUCUGGCCAACAGGGCUCUAGUUCAGGUCAGUCAUCUAGCAGCAAGGGACAUGGAUCUAGUUCAGGAGGAAGUUCAAGCAGUCGUGGAGGACAAGGCUCUGGCUCUGGCUCUGGCUCUGGCUCUGGCUCUAGCUCUGGAUCUGGCUCCAAGCAGUCAUCUAGCUCUGGUCAACAGGGGUCUGGUUCAGGUCAGUCAUCUGGCAGCAAGGGACAGAGAUCCAGUUCAAGUGGCAGGUCAAGCAGUCGUGGAAGACAAGGGCAUCGUUCCAGUUCCCAAGAGUCCUCUAGCUCAAGGCAAUACGGCUCUAGCUCUAGGCAGUCCUCUAGCUAUGGACAGCAUGGGUCAGGUUCAGGUCAGUCAUCCAACAGCAAGGGACAUGGGUCACGUUCAGGUGGCAGGUCAAGCAGUGGUGGUAGACUAGGGCAUAGUUCUAGUUCCCAGCAGUCCUCCAGCUCUAGCCAAUAUGGUUCAGGCUCAGGCUCUAGGUCAGGAUCUGGAUCAGGCUCUUGUUCUGGCUCUGGCUCUGGCUCCAAACGGUCCUCUAGCUCUGGUCAACAGGGGUCUGGUUCAGGUCAGUCAUCUGGCAGCAAGGGACAUAGAUCUAGUUCAGGAGGAAGUUCAAGCAGUCGUGGAGGACAAGGGCAAAAAUCUGGUUCCCAACAGUCCUCUAGCUCUAGCCACUAUGGCUCCAGCUCUGGCUCUGGCUCUGGCUCUAGCUCUGGAUCUGGCUCCAAGCAGUCAUCUAGCUCUGGUCAACAGGUGUCUGGUUCAGGUCAGUCAUCUGGCAGCAAGGGACAGAGAUCCAGUUCAAGUGGCAGGUCAAGCAGUCGUGGAAGACAAGGGCAUCGUUCCAGUUCCCAAGAGUCCUCUAGCUCAAGGCAAUCCGGCUCUAGCUCCAGGCAGUCCUCUAGCUCUGGACAGCAUGGGUCAGGUUCAGGUCAGUCAUCCAACAGCAAGGGACAUGGGUCACGUUCAGGUGGCAGGUCAAGCAGUGGUGGUAGACUAGGGCAUAGUUCUAGUUCCCAGCAGUCCUCCAGCUCUAGCCAAUAUGGUUCAGGCUCAGGCUCUAACUCUGGUCAACAGGGGUCUGGUUCAGGUCAGUCAUCUGGCAGCAAGGGACAUAGAUCUAGUUCAAGUGGCAGGUCAAGCAGUCGUGGAGGACAAGGACAGAGAUCAAGUUCCAAGCAGUCAUCCAGCUCUAGCAAAUAUGGCUCUGGCUCUGGCUCUGGCUCUGGCUCCUGCUCAGCUUCAGGCUCAGGCUCCGGUUCCAGCUCUGGCUCUGAAUCUGGUUCUGAAUCUGGCUCAGAGUAUGGCUCAGGCCAAUCAUCAGGCUCUAAGAAACAGGGGUCUGGCUCAGGCCAUUCUUCCAGCUCUGGAAGACAUGGUUCCAGGUCAGGCUCAAGCUCACGUCAAUCCUCCUCUCACAGGAGACACAGGUCCAGCUCAGAGGAUGAAUCAGGAAGCUGUGGGCGUCGAGGACAAAGUUCCAGCUCACGUCAGAACUCUAGCUCUGGCAAAUAUGGCUCAAGUUCUGGCUCUAGCUCUGGCCAACAGGGCUCUAGUUCAGGUCAGUCAUCUAGCAGCAAGGGACAUGGAUCUAGUUCAGGAGGAAGUUCAAGCAGUCGUGGAGGACAAGGGCAAAAAUCUAUUUCCCAACAGUCCUCUAGCUCUAGCCACUAUGGCUCCAGCUCUGGCUCUGGCUCUGGCUCUGGCUCUGGCUCUGGCUCUAGCUCUGGAUCUGGCUCCAAGCAGUCAUCUAGCUCUGGUCAACAGGGGUCUGGUUCAGGUCAGUCAUCUGGCAGCAAGGGACAGAGAUCCAGUUCAAGUGGCAGGUCAAGCAGUCGUGGAAGACAAGGGCAUCGUUCCAGUUCCCAAGAGUCCUCUAGCUCAAGGCAAUACGGCUCUAGCUCUAGGCAGUCCUCUAGCUAUGGACAGCAUGGGUCAGGUUCAGGUCAGUCAUCCAACAGCAAGGGACAUGGGUCACGUUCAGGUGGCAGGUCAAGCAGUGGUGGUAGACUAGGGCAUAGUUCUAGUUCCCAGCAGUCCUCCAGCUCUAGCCAAUAUGGUUCAGGCUCAGGCUCUAGGUCAGGAUCUGGAUCAGGCUCUUGUUCUGGCUCUGGCUCUGGCUCCAAACGGUCCUCUAGCUCUGGUCAACAGGGGUCUGGUUCAGGUCAGUCAUCUGGCAGCAAGGGACAUAGAUCUAGUUCAGGAGGAAGUUCAAGCAGUCGUGGAGGACAAGGGCAAAAAUCUGGUUCCCAACAGUCCUCUAGCUCUAGCCACUAUGGCUCCAGCUCUGGCUCUGGCUCUGGCUCUAGCUCUGGAUCUGGCUCCAAGCAGUCAUCUAGCUCUGGUCAACAGGUGUCUGGUUCAGGUCAGUCAUCUGGCAGCAAGGGACAGAGAUCCAGUUCAAGUGGCAGGUCAAGCAGUCGUGGAAGACAAGGGCAUCGUUCCAGUUCCCAAGAGUCCUCUAGCUCAAGGCAAUCCGGCUCUAGCUCCAGGCAGUCCUCUAGCUCUGGACAGCAUGGGUCAGGUUCAGCUCUGGUCAACAGGGGUCUGGUUCAGGUCAGUCAUCUGGCAGCAAGGGACAUAGAUCUAGUUCAAGUGGCAGGUCAAGCAGUCGUGGAGGACAAGGACAGAGAUCAAGUUCCAAGCAGUCAUCCAGCUCUAGCAAAUAUGGCUCUGGCUCUGGCUCUGGCUCUGGCUCCUGCUCAGCUUCAGGCUCAGGCUCCGGUUCCAGCUCUGGCUCUGAAUCUGGUUCUGAAUCUGGCUCAGAGUAUGGCUCAGGCCAGUCAUCAGGCUCUAAGAAACAGGGGUCUGGCUCAGGCCAUUCUUCCAGCUCUGGAAGACAUGGUUCCAGGUCAGGCUCAAGCUCACGUCAAUCCUCCUCUCACAGGAGACACAGGUCCAGCUCAGAGGAUGAAUCAGGAAGCUGUGGGCGUCGAGGACAAAGUUCCAGCUCACGUCAGAACUCUAGCUCUGGCAAAUAUGGCUCAAGUUCUGGCUCUAGCUCUGGCCAACAGGGCUCUAGUUCAGGUCAGUCAUCUAGCAGCAAGGGACAUGGAUCUAGUUCAGGAGGAAGUUCAAGCAGUCGUGGAGGACAAGGCUCUGGAUCUGGCUCCAAGCAGUCAUCUAGCUCUGGUCGACCGGGGUCUGGUUCAGGUCAGUCAUCUGGCAGCAAGGGACAGAGAUCCAGUUCAAGUGGCAGGUCAAGCAGUCGUGGAAGACAAGGGCAUCGUUCCAGUUCCCAAGAGUCCUCUAGCUCAAGGCAAUCCGGCUCUAGCUCCAGGCAGUCCUCUAGCUCUGGACAGCAUGGGUCAGGUUCAGGUCAGUCAUCCAACAGCAAGGGACAUGGGUCACGUUCAGGUGGCAGGUCAAGCAGUGGUGGUAGACUAG